CGGUUUGACCACAGGGCGCCAUGCGUUUCACCCUCUUCGCCACCCUCGUCGGCCUCGCGGUCGGUGCGUUUGCGCAGUCCAGUGCUGCAGACGCGUACGUCGCCUCCGAGUCCCCCAUCGCCAAGGCCGGAGUGCUCGCCAACAUUGGUCCCAGCGGCUCCAAGUCGCAGGGCGCCAAGGCCGGCAUCGUCGUCGCUAGCCCCAGCACGUCGAACCCGAACUACCUCUUCACGUGGACCCGUGACACAUCCCUCGUCUUCAAGGCACUCAUCGACCAGUUCACUUCUGGCGAGGACACCACCCUGCGCGGGCUGAUUGACAGCUUCACGAGCUCGCAGGCUAUCCUCCAGCAGGUCUCGAACCCGAGCGGGACCGUUAGCACCGGCGGCCUCGGCGAGCCCAAGUUCAACAUUGACGAGACCGCGUUCACCGACGCUUGGGGCCGUCCUCAGCGUGAUGGACCUGCCCUCCGGUCUACCGCCAUCAUCUCCUACGCCAACUGGCUCCUGGACAACAGCAACACGACCUACGUGACUCAGACCCUCUGGCCUAUCAUCAAGCUCGACCUCGACUACGUCGCCAACAACUGGAACCAAUCUACCUUCGAUCUCUGGGAGGAGGUUAACUCCUCGUCGUUCUUCACCACCGCCGUCCAGCACCGCGCGCUCCGCGAGGGUGCGACGUUCGCUACUCGCAUCGGUCAGACCUCAGUUGUGGCCGGCUACACCACGCAGGCGGACAACCUUCUCUGCUUCCUCCAGUCGUACUGGAACCCCAGCGCCGGUUACAUCACUGCCAACACUGGUGGAGGCCGCUCCGGCAAGGACGCCAACACCGUUCUCACGUCCAUCCACACCUUCGACCCCGCUGCGGGAUGCGACGCCGCGACCUUCCAACCCUGCUCGGACAAGGCGCUCUCCAACCUGAAGGUCUACGUCGACUCGUUCCGUUCGAUCUACACUAUCAACUCGGGCAUUGCUGCCAACGCUGCCGUUGCCACCGGCCGCUACCCCGAGGACAGUUACCAGGGCGGUAACCCCUGGUACCUCACCACCCUCUCCGUCGCCGAGCAGCUCUACGACGCGCUCAUCGUCUGGGACACGCUCGGCAGCAUCAACGUCACGGCCACAUCGCUACCCUUCUUCCAGCAGUUCUCGUCGGGCAUCGCCGCCGGCACCUUCCCCUCGACCUCGGCGACGUACACGACGCUCACGACCGCCAUCAAGACCUUCGCUGACGGCUUCGUCGCGGUGAACGCCCAGUACACGCCCUCGAACGGCGGCCUCGCCGAGCAGUACAGCCGCAGCACCGGCGCGCCCGUCUCCGCCGUCGACCUCACCUGGAGCUACGCCGCCACCCUCACUGCGUUCCACGCGCGUGCGGGCAAGACCUACGCCGGCUGGGGCGCCGCGGGCUUCACCGUCCCCGCCGUCUGCUCGACGAGCGGUAGCGGUACCGGCAGCGGUGGCAGCGGCGGUGCGACCGUUGCGGUUACCUUCAAUGUGCAGGCCACCACAGUCUUUGGCGAGAACAUCUACCUCACUGGCUCCGUUGACGCACUCCAGAACUGGUCGCCCGACAACGCGCUCCUCCUCUCUUCCGCAAACUACCCCGUCUGGAGCAUCACUGUGAACUUGCCUGCGAGCUCCGCGAUCGAGUACAAGUACAUCCGCAAGAACAACGGCGCGGUCACUUGGGAGUCGGACCCGAACAACUCCAUCACCACGCCCGCAAGUGGCUCCGCCACCGAGACCGACACCUGGCGGUAA